CGCUCCGACGCCGCCAGCGCCCCGCGCGCCCCGCGCCCGCCGCCCGCCAUGCCCUUGGCCAAACAAAGGGGCUCCAAGGGCGGCCACGGCGCCGCGAGCCCCGCGGACAGGGGCGCCCACCCGACGGGCGGCGCGGAUGACGUGGCCAAGAAGCCGCCGCCCGCGCCGCAGCCGCCGCCGCCGCCGCCGCCGCCGCCGCACGGCCGGGCCGGCCACCGCGCCAGGGCCGCCCCCGCCGCCGGCGCCCCGGCCUGCUGCCCGCGCCCCCUGGGCCGCGCGCUCGGCCUGCUCUUCUACCUGGCGCUCGCCGCCGCCGCCGCCGCCGCGGGCUGGGGCGUGCACCACGUCCUGGACGAGGUGCAGCAGGUCCGGCGCAGCCACCAGGACCUGGCCCGGCAGCGGGAGGAGCUGGGCCGGGGCUUGCAGGGCGUCGAGCAGAAGGUGCAUUCCCUGCAGACCACCUUCGGCGCCUUCGAGUCUGUCCUGCGGAGCGCGCAGCACCGGCAGGAAGCCACGGAGAAGGCGGUGAAGCAAGGGGAGGGCGAGCUGAACCGCAUCAGCGAGGUGCUGCAGAAGCUGCAGAACGAGAUCCUCAAGGACCUGUCGGACGGCAUCCACGUGGUGCGGGACGCGCGCGAGCGGGACUUCACGUCGCUGGAGAACACGGUGGAGGAGCGGCUGACGGAGCUCACCAAGUCCAUCAACGACAACAUCGCCCUCUUCACCGACGUGCAGACGCGCAGCCAGCAGGAGAUCAGCGAGGUCAAGGCCAAGGUGGCGGGGCUGGGGGCCCUGGAGGGGGCCCCCGGGGAGCUGCAGGCGCUGCGGGAAGCCGUGCGGGAGCUGCAGGCGGCCGCCCAGCCCCGGGCCGGCGAGCUGGAGGCCCUGCGGGGCGCCCUGGGCGCGCUGGAGUCGGACGUCUACACCGAGGUCAAGGAGCUGGUGAGCCUCAAGCAGGAGCAGCAGAAGGUCCGGGAGGCAGCCGAGGCGCAGCGCCAGGCCCUGCGGGCCCUGGAGGACAGGGUGGCCCAGGCUGAGCAGGUCGCCGCCCCCCUCCCCGCCCAGCUGGGGAGACUGGAGGAGGAGCUGCGGCAGCGGCCAACCCCCGCCGCCGCCGGGGACGCCCCCGGGCCCGGAGCCUGGGAAGCCCUGCAGAGAGAGAGCCAGGCCUUGGACGCGCGGCUGCAGAGCGUGGAGAGCGGGGUGGCCGCGGCCGAGGAGGUGUCCGCCCGGCAGGCCCGCGGCCUGGAGGCGCUGGCGUCCCGAAGCGAGGAGCAGGAGCGGCGCCUGGCCGACCUGCAGGAGCACCUGCAGAGCCUGGGCGCCUCCCCGGAGGCGGGGGCGGAGGCGGAGGCGGGCGGCCUGGCCGGCACCGUGCGCAGCCUCGGGGAGGCCCAGCUGGCCCUGGCCGGGGACGUGGAGGCGCUGAAGCGCAGCGUGGGCGAGCUGCCCGGCACGGCGGGCGCGCUGCAGCAGGUGCAGGAGCAGGUGCGCGCGCUGCUCGCCCGGGACCCCGCGCCGCCCCCCGACCUGCUGGGCCGCCUGGCCUCCCUGGACAGCCUCAAGGCCUCCGUGGGCCAGGUGGAGGCGGACUUGAAGAUGCUCAGGACUGCCGUGGACAGCCUGGUGGCCUACUCGGUGAAGAUCGAGACCAACGAGAACAACCUGGAGGCGGCCAAGGGCCUGCUGGAGGACCUGCGCAGCGACCUGGACAGGCUCUUCCUGAAGGUGGAGAAGAUCCACGAGAAAGUGUGACCGGGCGUGGGGCGCGGGCGCGGGGGUCAGCUCCGGUUGCCACGACCAAAGGAGAGAGAGAGAGAGAGAGAGAGAGAGGGGCAAGAGUUGUUCUCUCCCGUGUUGCCCCCCCCAACCCGGCCCUCAGGUUCAGCCCCUCCCCCCCCAGCCCCCCAGAGGACAGGCCAGCCCUCCCGGCAGCCGCGUGGACUCUCCGCGCGCUGCCCUGUCCACUCUUCCAUUGUUCCGACCCCACCCCUCUGGUCUCUCCAGUUUGCUGCUUCUGCUUUGGGUGGGUUUCCUGAAGGCUCAGCUCCCCCACCGUGAGUCAUGGGGGGUGCUCCUCAAAGGGGCGUCUCCGUGGCUGGGGGCAUGGGUGCAGGGGGUCAGCAGCAGCGUCCACGUCAGUCCCAGCCGCCAGCCCACCUCAGGAAACCCAGCAGAGUCCGAGGGGGUGGGUGGGGGGUCUGAGUAAGGAACGGUGGUUUUACUUUUGUGCCAUUCAUUUUUAAAACACUCCCGGCCCUCAGGUGCCACGGACCUUGCUGUCUUCCACAUGUACACUGGUUUAAGCCCCCGGGCAUUGGGACGGCCAGGGAGCCCGCCUGACUCUGGACGUGGCCGCUUGGGGCCACCCUCACCACCAGGUGCUGAGUUUUCUAAUCCCCAAUCAGCCCCUCUCAUGACUGUGGCUGCAGAAAUCCGGAGGGUCCCCAGGUAGGAGGGGACCCCACCUCAGGUGGCUGAGGCCUGCGUCAUCCCAGGGGACACCCAGGAGCAGAGCCCCCCUGAGCCCCUACAGGAAGUCCACGUCCAGAGCUUCUCAGCAGUGGGGGCUGCUCUGGGGGUCGUGCCCCUCUCACCUCCCUGGAUGUCUGAGGUCCGGGACAGAGCAGACCCCACCUGUCAGGAACAUGGCCGUUUCCAAUAGUUGUUUGCUGGUUUUUUUUUUUUUUUUUCUGCCCUCUGAACUGUCCUGGGAUUCUUCUUCUUGUUUUUUUAAAAUGUCUGUCUUGAUCUUUGAAAAAGAAGAUUAAAAAGGAAAAAAAAAAAGCAAAAUGAAAAGAAAAAAAAGUUUUAGUUGACUGUGAAACGAACGGUAUGGCUUAUUUACAGUAUUUUUAACUCUUAAUAAACACUUGAGCUUUGUUACGA